GUUUUUUUAUAUACAUAUAUAUAUAUUUUAUUUAAUUAACUAAUUGUACAGACAUGUUGCGGUUAGCAGGCUGUGUAGUAGGCAUCUAUUCAUGUUUUUUAACAUGGGGCUAUUAUCAAGAAAAGGUGUCGACAACACCCUAUGGUCAAGAUGCUCUUAAAUUCAAAUUCUUCAUCUUCUUGGGCUUGAUCCAAUCUCUCUUUGCCUCCUUGAUCGCUCUGAUCUAUCUCAAGCUCCAGGGGAAUUCCCUUCCCAGACCUUCUCGCCCCCUCGUCCUCAAAUAUAUGCAGGUGGCCUUGAUCGGUGUCACCGCCGCCCCGUUCUCUUAUGCGGCCCUCAAACAUAUUGAUUAUCCGACCAUGAUCCUCACCAAAUCCUGUAAACUCAUCCCGGUCAUGUUGAUGAACAUUCUUCUUUAUCGUCGCAAGUUCCCCCUUUACAAAUACAUCUGUGUGGCCCUCAUCACCAUCGGCGUCUCCGGAUUCAUGUUGUUCGCUCCGGUGGAUGAUCAUCAUGCAAAGAAGAAGGGCGCCGUCAACAGUUCUCUAUAUGGUCUCUUCUUGGUCGCCAUCAACCUGACCCUUGACGGUGUCACCAAUUCGACUCAGGAUCAAAUCUUUCAUCAGUUCAAGGUCACGGGACAACAGAUGAUGUGUUUCAUGAACCUGUUCAUGUCCACCUUCAUGAGCCUUUGGCUCCUCAACCCCUGGAAUCCCGAGUUGAUCAACGCCCUGAACUUUUGUCAGACCCAUCCGGCGAUCAUCAAGGAUAUCAUCAUGUUCUCUCUCUGUGGUGCGCUCGGCCAAUGCUUCAUCUUUUAUACCCUUGAACAUUAUGGCUCCCUCUCCCUCGUCACCGUCACCGUCACUCGGAAGCUGUUUACGAUCCUGUUGUCUGUUGUGGCCUAUGGUCAUGAAAUGAAGCCUCUCCAAUGGGUGAUGGUCGCCGUUGUCUUUUCUGGCAUCGGUCUCGAGGCGUAUGUGAAACGUGCAGAGAAAUUGGAAAAGAUGGCUGCUGCUGCUGCUGCUGCUGCUUCUGCUAUUGACAAGGACAUGAUGAAGAAGAAGAAGGAUUUAGAGUUGGAUGGCUUUUCAAACUCUUUGGUGAAGAAGAGUGUUCAAGUCAAUGACAACGGCCACACCAUCACUACUACCACCACAACUACAAGACAACGCACAACGAUCAUUGCAUCCAACUAGAAUGAAUAGACAAGUUCAAUAAAGAUUCAUUGCUACAACUAAC